AUGAAGCGCCCUUGCGAGGAGACCACCUCGGAGAGCGACCUGGACGAGACCAUCGACGUGGGCAGCGAGAACAAUUACUCCGGGCAAAGUUCUAGCUCUGUGAUUAGAUCGAAUUCUCCAACAACAACAUCUCAGAUUAUGGCAAGAAAGAAAAGGAGAGGGAUAAUAGAGAAAAGGCGUCGAGAUCGGAUAAAUAACAGCUUAUCCGAGUUGAGGCGGCUGGUGCCAACUGCUUUUGAAAAACAAGGAUCUGCAAAGUUAGAAAAAGCUGAAAUAUUACAAAUGACAGUGGAUCAUUUGAAGAUGCUUCAGGCAACAGGGGGUAAAGGCUACUUCGAUGCCCACGCGCUGGCCAUGGACUUCAUGAGCAUCGGCUUCCGCGAGUGCCUGACGGAGGUGGCCCGGUACCUGAGCUCGGUGGAGGGCCUGGACUCGGCGGACCCGCUGCGGGCGCGGCUGGUCUCCCACCUGAGCACGUGCGCCUCGCAGCGCGAGGCCGCGGCCAUGACCUCCUCCCUGGCGCACCACCCGCACCCGCACCCGCACCCGCUGCACCCGCACCACUGGGCGGCCGCCUUCCACCCGCUGCCCGCCGCGCUGCUGCAGCCCGCCGAGCCCGCGCCCUGCCGCCUGGCCGCCCCGGACGCGCCCCCCGCGCACGGCUCCGCGCUGCUCACCGCCACGUUCGCCCACGCCGACUCGGCGCUGCGGAUGCCCGCGGCGGGCAGCGUGGCGCCCUGCGUGCCGCCCCUGUCCACCUCGCUGCUGUCGCUGUCCGCCACCGUCCACGCGGCCGCCGCCGCCGCCACCGCCGCGGCGCACAGCUUCCCGCUGACCUUCGCGGGCGCCUUCCCCAUGCUGCCCCCCAACGCCGCGGCCGCCGUGGCCGCCGCCGCCGCCAUCAGCCCGCCCCUGGCCGUGGCCGCCGCCGCCAGCCCCCAGCAGGCCGGCGGCGGCACAAACAGUAAACCUUACCGGCCCUGGGGGACAGAGGUGGGCGCCUUUUAG